AUGGUGGUCCUGAGGACUGGGCUCUGCCCUGGUCUCACUGAAGAGAUGAUCCAGCUUCUCAGGGCCAACAGCAUCAGGACAGUGGUGGACUUUGUGUCAUCAGACCUGGAGAACAUUGCCCAGAAGUGUUCCCUGUCUUACAAGGCACUAGUUGCAGUGAGACGUGUGCUCCUGGCCCAGUUCUCUGCCUUCCCUGUCAAUGGAGCAGACCUCUAUGAGGAGCUCAAGAGCUCCACAGCCAUCCUGCCCACGGGGAGCCCAAGCCUGGACCAGCUGCUGGACUCUGGGCUGUACACGGGGGAAGUGACAGAGCUCAUGGGAGCACCAGGCAGUGGGAAGACACAGGUGUGCCUGGGCAUUGCAGCCAGUGUGUCUCUUGGCCUCAAGCAGCACGUUCUGUUUCUUGACUCCACGGGGGGUUUCACUGCCUCCCGUCUCUACCAGAUGCUCCGAGCCCAGACAGAGGAUGAGGAAGAGCAAGUGGAGGCUCUGCAGCGGAUCCAGGUGGUCCGUGUGUUCGACAUCUAUGAAAUGCUGAGAGCCCUGCAGGAGCUGAGGGAUCGCCUCUCCCAGCAGGUUGUGAGCUCCAUGGGACCUCUCAAGAUCGUGGUGAUUGACUCAGUCUCAGCUGUGAUUUACCCACUGCUGGGUGGCAAACAGUCAGAGGGUUUGGCCAUCAUGAUGCAGCUAGCCAGGGAGCUGAAGUCUCUGGCCAGAGAGUUCAGCCUUGCUGUUGUGGUGACUAACCAGGUGACAAGGGACAGCAGCACUGGUGCCCUGAAACCAGCCCUGGGCCGGUCCUGGAGUUUUGUGCCCAGCACCAGGGUGCUGCUGGAGAGCAAAGAAACUACCUUGGAGAAAGCCACCACAGAGCGUGUUGCCUCCUUGGCAAAGUCACCCCGGCAGCCUACAGGGAUACAGGUGGAGCUGAACAUUGAAAAUAGUGUUAUGCCAGAGCCAAGCCCGGUGACAUCCACACAAGGGCCCUGA